GACCCUCUAUUUUCGACCUCCUUUCCACCGCUAGAAGACCAUAGGGGAACUCCUAUUGCUGUAUAUUUUUAUUUUUUUAUGACCAUUGUGUCAAAUUUUUUAGUGGGCGGCAUGGAUCUAUGGUCGUUUAUGGUGUGAAAAGCUUCAAUUAUUAGUACAUACGGCCACAUCAACCUGAACAAAAUGAGGACGACGGAGCAAGUCCAUCUAUUUUGUAAGGGCAAGACCCUCCAGGACUCCACAGAGCGACUCCGCUCCAGCCCAUCCACGGCAGCUCUCCAACGCGAAUUUUAUAUGAUGUUCCAUGAUUUGGAGCAUCCGCCCCUCAUCCAUUCGUCCAGUUUGUUCUCCCACUCUGUUGCGGGUGUUGGGUCGUGGGUGGUCCGCCUGCUGGAGACGCGUCGGGGACGCGUCUUUGGCCUGUGGGCCCUUCCCCCUCGUGCGCCCUUCAACCAUGAUAGUUGAGAAGGCUGCAAUAGUUGAUUAUAGGUGAAUGAAGUGUGUAGAAUCGAUUACGACCCUAAUCUCAGCGAAUUUCCAAGUUGUGGGCUGUCUGCAGAAAAAUGUUCUUAUCCUUCAGAUAGGAAUUAUGGUUCCCGUGUAGCACCGUCCCAUAAUUUUAUUUAGAAAAGACAUAAAACGAAUCAAUCUAAGAAAUAAAAUCCCGUUAUUAUGCUAGAGAGCCUUUAUUCAAGACAUGCGUCGAGUUGGAGGCGAUCUUAAAUAUUUC